AUGGCCACAAUGAAUGUUGAAAAAGCUCAUGAAGUAAGAGAAGUAGAUACAGCAGCUGCUGGUCGUGGUGUCUGGCUUGUCAAGGUACCAAAAUACUUAUCAGAAAUCUGGAAAGAAUCUCCACCUAAUUCUGAUGUUGGAAAACUCAAAAUAACAAAAUCAAAAUUGCCUGGUCAGAAGCCUGAAGUUGUCUUUACAGCCAAAGAAACCUCAGCAGAUAUACCUAAAGAUCAUAAGUUUGUGUUAACUGGUGUUGGUACACAGAAUUUAGUGGUCUUUUCACAGACUCCUAUAUAUGCUGAAAGUAAAGCUACAGGUUCCAAAGAGCUGGUCUCAGAAAAAAUAGCAGUAGAUGGAAAAGUAAUACAGAGAGCUGAAUGUCGUCCUAUAGCAGAUGAAACAUAUAAAAAAUUAAAAAGGUUUAAUUUUGAACAAGGUAAUAAACCUAAACGUGAAAUAAAACAGUUAGAUAGAAUAGUACAGGUUUAUAAACCAAAAGAUUAUGUUUCUGCU